AUGUGCCUUAAAAGAGAUGCUGCUGUGGAUGCCAAGAGGCAGAGAAAGGAGGCGGGAGCCAGACUGCGGAGAGAGGAGGUCAGGCCCAGGAUGGAGCUUCAUGAUGGAUGUGAUGGUGCAGAUAGAGUCAUCAGAGAGGGCAUCAGGAAGGUCAGCAGGAAGUCCUGUCUGCCUUGGUCCACCUGCCUCACCCCUCCUGCCCUUUGUCCACCUGCCUCACCCCUCCUGCCCUUGGUCCACCUGCCUCACCCCUCCUGCCCUUUGUCCACCUGCCUCACCCCUCCUGCCCUUGGUCCACCUGCCUCACCCCUCCUGCCCUUUGUCCACCUGCCUCACCCCUCCUGCCCUCCGUCCACCUGCCUCACCCCUCCUACCCUUUGUCCACCUGCCUCACCCCUCCUGCCCUCCGUCCACCUGCCUCACCCCUCCUACCCUCCGUCCACCUGCCUCACCCCUCCUACCCUCCGUCCACCUGCCUCACCCCUCCUGCCCUUUGUCCACCUGCCUCACCCCUCCUACCCUCCGUCCACCUGCCUUGAUCCAGCUGCCUCAGACCUCCUGCCCUUGGUCCACCUGCCUUGGUCCACCUGCCUCACCCCUCCUGCCCUCCGUCCACCUGCCUCAGACCUCCUGCCCUUGGUCCACCUGCCUUGGUCCACCUGCCUCAGACCUCCUGCCCUUGGUCCACCUGCCUUGGUCCACCUGCCUUGGUCCACCUGCCUCACACCUCCUGCUCUUGGUCCACCUGCCUUGGUCCACCUGCCUCGGCCCUCUUACCUCCGUCCACUUGUCUCUGUCCACUCUGAGUGUCCCGCUGCCUCCAAACCACUCACCUACACACUGAUCUGA